CAGAGGGUUGAGUGGAGAGCUGAUAGCAGAGUUCGUGGUUUCCUCCUUCCCUCAUGAUGUCUGUCUCCAUGGACGCGCACUUUCCCUGAAACACCCUCUCGGGAGAGAAGAAUGUGCUUCUGCUGGACCACUUGCCAUGAGAUGAGCAUCCUGCCUGCUGAGCCUCCUCAGACCCGCUAGCCAUGCCAGGGAUUGUGGUGUUCCGCCGUCGCUGGUCUGUGGGCAGCGAUGACCUCGUUUUGCCAGCCAUCUUCCUCUUCCUCCUUCACACCACCUGGUUUGUGAUCCUUUCCGUGGUGCUCUUCGGGCUGGCGUACAAUCCCAACGAGACCUGUUCCCUUAACCUGGUGGACCACGGCAGAGGCUACCUGGGCAUCCUGCUCAGCUGCAUGAUCGCAGAGGUGGCAAUCAUCUGGCUCAGCAUGCGUGGCAGCAUCCUGUACACAGAGCCCCGGGACUCGAUGCAGUAUGUGCUCUAUGUCAGACUGGCCAUCCUGGUGAUCGAGUUUGUGUAUGCUAUUGUGGGCAUCGUUUGGUUAACACAGUACUACUCCUCCUGCAAUGACCUCACUGCCAAGAGUGUCACCUUGGGAAUGGUCGUUUGCAACUGGGUCGUCAUUCUGAGUGUCUGCAUCACUGUCCUGUGUGUCUUUGACCCAACGGGACGGACUUUUGUCAAACUGCGAGCCACAAAGAGGAGACAGCGUAACCUGAGGACGUACAACCUGCGGCAUCGCCUUGAGGAGGGACAGGCCAGCAGCUGGACUCGCCGGCUCAAAGUUUUUCUUUGCUGCACACGGACAAAGGACUCCCAGUCAGAUGCGUACUCUGAAAUUGCCUACCUUUUUGCUGAGUUUUUCCGAGACCUCGACAUAGUCCCGUCUGACAUCAUUGCGGGCCUGGUUCUCCUGCGUCAGCGGCAGAGGGCAAAGCGCAAUGCAGUGCUGGAUGAGGCAAACAAUGACAUCUUGGCUUUUUUGUCUGGGAUGCCAGUGACCAGGAACACCAAGUACUUGGAUCUGAAAAACUCGCAAGAGAUGCUGCGGUACAAAGAGGUCUGUUAUUAUAUGCUGUUUGCCCUGGCUGCCUAUGGCUGGCCCAUGUACCUGAUGAGGAAGCCCACCUGUGGACUCUGUCGCCUGGCCAGAUCCUGCUCAUGUUGCUGUUUCUGCCCCUCGCGGCCUCGCUAUGCCCCUAGUGUCACCAUUGAGGAGGAUAACUGCUGUGGCUGCAACGCCAUCGCUAUCCGUCGCCACUUCUUAGAUGAGAAUAUGACUUCAGUGGACAUUGUCUACACCUCUUGUCAUGAUGCGGUCUAUGAAACUCCUUUCUAUGUGGCUGUGGACCAUGAGAAGAAGAAGGUGGUCAUCAGCAUCCGAGGAACCCUGUCUCCAAAGGAUGCCCUGACUGACCUGACGGGAGAUGCAGAGCGCCUCCCAGUUGAAGGUCACCAUGGAACCUGGCUGGGACACAAGGGAAUGGUGUUGUCUGCUGAGUACAUCAAGAAGAAAUUGGAGCAGGAAAUGGUGCUUUCUCAAGCCUUUGGACGUGACUUGGGCAGAGGAACAAAACACUAUGGGCUGAUUGUGGUGGGCCAUUCCCUAGGGGCAGGCACAGCUGCCAUUCUGUCCUUCCUGCUGCGUCCGCAGUACCCAUCGCUGAAGUGCUAUGCCUAUUCUCCCCCAGGGGGGCUGCUGAGUGAGGAUGCCAUGGAGUACUCAAAAGAGUUUGUGACUGCUGUCGUGCUUGGCAAAGAUCUAGUCCCCAGGAUUGGUCUCUCACAGCUAGAGGGAUUUCGCCGGCAGCUUCUUGAUGUUCUCCAGAGAAGUAACAAACCAAAGUGGCGAAUCAUCGUGGGUGCCACAAAGUGUAUACCCAAGUCAGAGCUCCCAGAAGAGACUGAAGGGAAUUCAGUGACCAGUAGCCGUCUCUGGACUCACCCCAGUGACCUAACUAUUGCCCUGUCCGCCAGUACGCCACUCUAUCCACCUGGCCGCAUCAUCCAUGUGGUGCACAAUCACCCUGCCGAGCAGUGCUGUUGCUGUGAACAGGAGGAUCCCACUUACUUUGCAAUUUGGGGCGACAAUAAAGCGUUUAAUGAAGUCAUCAUCUCCCCAGCAAUGCUGCAUGAACACCUCCCUUAUGUGGUCAUGGAGGGGCUCAACAAGGUCUUGGAGAAUUACAACAAGGGCAAAACUGCCUUGCUUUCUGCAGCCAAAGUGAUGGUGAGUCCAACAGAAGUGGAUCUCAACCCGGAAUUGAUCUUCCAGAAUCAGCCCCUGCCCAGCGGACCCUCAUUACAGAUCGGGAUUGGAGCCAUAACAGUGGACAGAAGGAACAGCAGCGUCAAGAGCAAGUCCCAUUCUGAAAUCAGUUUGGAGGGGUUUUAUGAGACCAAGCUCCUUUCUCCUGUGCAGAAGGACCCCGUGGAACUACUGCUUCUGGACACCAAGGAGCGCUUGUCUGUGGACCUGCAGGACCGUCGCGCUCCUCUCGCUACCAUGGAAAGUCUGUCUGACAAUGAGUCCAUCUACAGCUUUGAGUCGAGGCGCUCCUCUGGCUUUCGGAGCAUCCGCGGUUCACCCAGCCUCCACGUUGUCAUGGAGAAGGAUGAGACGCACUGCUUUUAUAUAGACCCCGUUAUCCCUGAGGAAAACCCCUCCCUCAGCUCACGGACAGAGCUGCUUGCUGCCGACAGCCUCUCCAAACACUCCCAGGAGACCCAGCCCCCGGAGGCCUUGCACAACAGUGGUGGCACUACCCCCCAGCGACGCGGCAGUGAGGAAGGGGCUGGUAGCGAAGGGGACCACGUUUCCUUCACCCCUCGGGAGGAACUGACCCUCCAGAAUGGACGGCUCACUGAUGUGCCCAGUCCACAAGUGCUGGAGUUUGCUGAAUUUAUAGACAGCCUCUUUAACCUGGACAGCAAAAGCAGCUCCUUCCAGGACCUCUACUGCAUGAUGGUAUCUGACAGCUCCAGUGACUUUGCUGAGAUGCCCAAGUCAGUCAGUGAUCAGGAGAUCCUGCUGAGAGCACAGUAUGAGCCCAACCUAGUCCCCAAGCCCCCUAGGUUGUUUGCUGGCUCAGCAGAUCCCUCUUCUGGCAUCUCGGUCUCACCCUCCUUCCCUCUGAGUUCAUCUGGGGAGCUUAUGGACAUCACUCCCACAGGCAUGAGCAGCCAGGAAUGCCUGGUCACUGACAAAAUCCGGACUUCCACUCCAGCUGGUCAUGUGACCAGCCCUGCCAAGCAGGAGGACCUCAUGAUCUCAGCCCUCUAGUGCAGGAGUGAAGGGGUGAGGCUCCAAGAGCCAAUCCCAUGAGCUGAAUGCUGGGAUAACACUUGGAGGAGCUGGUCAUUGGGCAGUUCGGAAGUGGAGGAGACGCCUGAGAAUGUUCCUUCAGGGGUGCCAUGCUGGUGGCAUAGUGACGUCAGGGGGAUGGAUUCCGUAUGCUGGGUCGUAUGCUUAAGUUUGGGAGAAGAUGUACUGCCUCUCAAAGCCUGCUACACUAAGAGGGUCUCAUCAAUGGAGUUAGAUGUUUGGUUUCCCUACCUCAGCCUACUGGAUUAAAUCAGGGGGCAGAUUCCCUGCCUUGGGGCAUCUGCUGAGGCACAGGGCUCAGAUUUCCUGCUUGAGGGAGUCUGCUGGAGUCAGGGGGUGGAUUCCCUGAGGUUAGAGGACUGGAAUAACAGAAGUAAGGGUUGGAUUACCUCCCUGUUGUCAUUUAAGUGGUGUCAAUAGUGAGCAGAUUGCGACUUUGGGCCCAAUUGCACUAACACGUCAUGUCUGACCCAAGCACCAAUUUGUCACCCUUUCAUGGUGUUUGUUUUUAUAAGACACUCUCUCCCGUUUUAAAGCCAUUGGAGCUGUAUUCCCGGGGAAUGCAGCCACCCUCUCCCUGACCAGGCACAGCGAGAAUCAGGCUGGCACUGUGUGUUUUCGCUUCCCCAAUUACCUCUGAGUUCAUUGACUACCAGGCUUCUUCUGAGAAGAAAGGAAAUCCAUGUACUAGAGAGCUGAAGGCCACUGCUGCAUCUGUCCUCCAUAAGAGGGGUGGAGAAGGUCUCUUGGGUCUCGCCUUCAUCACUUCACAGCUCCCUGGACCACUCAAAACUGGAGACGUUCCCAUCACAGACUGACAGGAUUUUCAUCUCAAUACCACAUGGAUGGAUUGGUUUAAACUAGCUUUUGGUAUUUAAAAGGCUUGCCAGUGCCCAGCAUUAUCUGCCAGGUCCCUGUGGAGCCUGGGAGCCUCCUUGGGCCUGUUCCUGGUCGUCAGUCCACUUUCCCCGCAGACCAACGCUGGUCUCUGCCAUCGGAGUUCAGGGAAAAGAUGAACCUUUACCAAGUGUUGAAAUCUCAUGUAUGUUUACAGAGCUGCUAAGCUUUUCAGAAGGUAUUCAUUACGCAAAUUGGAAAGCCUUCCUGGAGCAAGAAGAAUGUUCUCUCUCCCCUUCCCUUGCCGUUCCCUCAGUUUGGGGGCUGAGGGGAGAGUGGAGGGGGCAGGAGGUGCUGUUAUUGCAAAUCCUUGUUUCAAAGUGGAGGCCCUUUGAUCCAAGCCCAAGGGGAAGCUGCAUGCCUCCUCCCCCGCCCCCCCCCCCACAAGGGUUCAUCCCCUUCACCCUACUGCACGACAACUGGUUAAAAAGCCCCAGUAUGUUGUCAACAAAAUUGUGACUGAGCAACCCCUCCUGUUGCUCUCAAUUCCAGUGCCCAGGGUAGCCUGCUGGCUCUAUCGAAUUAAUGGAAGGGAUUUUCCGAUGAUGGAAGCAGGAGGGAGACUAACUGCCUAAGCAGUUAAACAUACUGUGACCUACAAGAGUCCUCUAACUGGAAAAAGACUUCAUAUCAGAACUCAGCAGAACCAAUCCGUGUCUCUGCAGCUCUGCCCUCCUUCACCGGAAAAGAAUCUCCUGUUUGAGUCAGUAGUAAAAAGCCCCAUCUUACCGGAGCCCUUGGCUGUGCAAUUCCCAGUACAGUGAGAAUUCCAUGCUUCUGAUAGGUUAGCCCCAUUACACAACGGGAAUCGAUGGGUCCAAUCCACCAUCACGGUACAGCUUUGUUGUUGGUUGUUUGUGCUAGCUGCUGUACAAACACCAAACAAAAAACAGUGUAAAAUGGCACCAAAUAAGAACAGGAACGUUUUUACCCCCACUCAGCAUGGCAAUGUUGAAUUGGCUCCUAUGUGUCCAGCGUGACAGUAUCUUGUAGGGUAGAGUCCCCAGUCCCCACCAUGAAGUGCUUAGUCAUUGGGAGUGCAGACGUUUCCAUUUAUAAAUACUAAAACAAAACCUUUUAACUGUCCCAGUAGUUUAGAUUCCAAAUGUGACCUUUCUUAAGACUCCGGCAAUCAGAAGGAAGAAUGUCCUCCAGAUUCUAAAUAUCUUUUUUUUUUUAAUCUAUUAGUUGCUGAGCAACAAAGUUCCUCUUUUUUUUUUUUUUAAUAGGCCCUACCAAAAAGAGCAGUGUGGUGUGUUCCCCUUGCUGGCUUUGCAGCAACAGUUAACCAGCAUUGUGCUGACAACAUGAAUGGGUCUGGCACCAGUACAAGAACAGCUAUUAAUACCAUCCUCCAUUGGAAGUGCAGGGCAAGAACGCAUGGUAAGGGAAUUAAAAGGUGAUUUUCAGGAAGGCAUUACAGGGAGCACUACAGUUUAGAAUAACAAGGGGAGUGUGCAGAAUUUAGGGAGUCGGACUAGCAGGCUAGGCUCACCACCUGCAGCAGUCUGCUGAGGGUGCUACAGCGUGGACAGGGUGACACCCUGCCUCAAGCCGUCUGCUAGCCUUGGGGAAAGGGCGCAUGUUCCUGCCUUGCCCAGUAGGCUGAGGUCGGGUGGUAAUAACAACACUUAGCACUUAUCUAGCGCUUUAUAUCUUCAGAGCACUUUACAAACAUUAAUGAAGAAAUCAUCCCAACCUCUAGUAGUUAGGUACAUAGCUACUGUAUUAGGAGAUGCCUCAGAGAAUCUGCUGAGGCUAGGUGAAGCCGAUUCCCAAUUUUGGGAGAUUAGGGGGUCAGAGUCACAGAAAUUAUGGGAUCAGAUAGCUUCCCUGGUAGUGAAAGUUUCGUUAGCAUUUAAGUGAUUUCACUAGUGACGAGAUUAUAAAUGGGUCACACUAUUGCACUAAGAUGUCACAUCUAACCUGGGCAUCCCUUUGUUGCAGUUGUAUGUUUUAACACUGUCUACUUGUUCAAAGCCAUUGGAUUACAGGGAAUUCAGAAGCUCUCUCCCUGACCAGCUGUAGAGGAAUCAGGCAAGCAGAGUGCGUUCUUGCUCCCCAGUUUACAUGCUCUGUGGCUGUGGGGCUUCUGCCCAGGAUUUGGAAAUAUGCAGCCUCCCGUGUCCCAGGGCUGCUGCUGACCAAAGAAGAGGGGAGUUGAGGUGUGCGAGGGUCCAGUUAGCAAAGUUUCCAACUCCAGUAUCUCAUGGCUUCCCCUCUUGUAGUCAUUUUUCAUUGUCCCCUCCUGGGAAAUCAGGACUCUUUGCACAGAGUAAACCCAUGCUCUCUGCACCAGCACUGCCCAAACACACGUUAAAUUUCCCCCUUGAAGUGACUGAAGUGUAACUCCACCCCAUUGUCUUAUGCAUUAUAGAGAGCAUUUGCAAAACGCAGCCUCCCAUUGCACCCAAAAGAACAUAUUUGAUGUGUUUUUGUUUAACACUGAACCCAUCACUAAUCUGUCAUAAAUACUCUAUGCUGCUCUCCACCUUCUCUGCCUUUCCUCUGCUCUGAUACAUUUUCUGAGACAACCAUACCUAGCACUUAAGGUUCCUUCACUGCUUGACUGCUGGAUCUUAUCCUCCAGCUCCUGUGCAGUCACCUUGUGCCUUUAAUGUUUGGAUGGCCCAUUGAAAUGUCAAUGGGACAUCACUGGGGCAGUACUGGAUGUACCUGACACGUUAGAGAGCAGCUAAGCUGUUUAAUUGUUUGUGUCAGUUCUUGGGGCACACUCUUGCCUUCCAUCCCAAUCAGUGGAUGAUUGGUACUGGAGUGCCGUUCCAGUGAAGGGUCAGAGCAGAAGGCACCCAAAAUGCUGGAGCUGAGAGGCUGGUUUUGUGCACCUUAAAAAUUAAAACGUAUAAAGUGAAACCUAAUACACCAAUGCAGCUUUGCCAAAGAGUCCAACAAAGAAACCUCCCCAAUUAGGCACUUUGUGAAUAAUAAUGAGACUGUACUUGCAUAGCAUGUUUUAUCUUCAAAGCCCAUAGCAGACUGUGAUGGACUGUAACCCUGAAACCUUGGAACAUUCAGGGACAACAUGUGAGGCUUUAAACCAUUGUAACAGCACCAGUUUAACUCCCAUGCCUCCUAGGUCAAAGAGAGAUGGGCUCUAAUCCUGUCUCUGAAAGUAGUAAGGACCCAUGAAGGGCUGUAUGUGCUUGGGUGAUCGAUAUUUCUCUUGUGCUUUUUCAAACACUGGCAUAUUUUUGAGCUGCCCUCUGGGCAUUAGGAGCUUGAUCCAAAGCCUAUUUAAGUUAAUGGAGAGAUUCCCAUUGACUUCAGUGGACUUGGAUCCGGCCUUUGGAGCAGUUUUACAUCAGGUUUUAAUGUGUGGAGGUCCUUUCAUAAAUUAUUUUCUUGUUUGUGUUGUGGUUGUGCCCUAGUCAGAGACCUGGACCCUCUUGUGCUAGGUGCAGCACAGACACAGAACAAAAAGACAGUCCCUGCUGCAGAGAGCUGAUGAUCUCUUCACUACCCUUCCUUAGAUCUGUACUUCCAGUUUGGGACCAUCUCCUGCUGCUACCGCUUUCCUCUCUUCUCUCCUAAGCUGGUGUCUGCCUCUACCCCUUUCACUCAGUCAGGAGCCCUCUCCUCUCUUUUCUUGGUGCCCCAGAUGGUGAGGUUACUCUGUGUCAAGAAGAUGGUGCCCCAGUCCAUGUCCUGUUUGGCACCAGUUGCAGCGCUCUAUCCCACCUUCCCCAUCCUGACUCCAUCCACCCAGCUCACCAUUGCCUUGGCUUCUGGACUGCUGUCCACCUGUUCUCACCUGGAAAGAUGUUGAGCUCCCUCAGUGCUUGAUGGCUUCUAUGGGAGUUGAAGGUGCUCAGCACAUCAUAGGAAAUGGUCAGGACUUUGCAGCUUGGAGCCCUAGGUGCGUACUCCACCUUCUGAUGUAUGAUUUAAGUGUAAAUUUGCAACUCUAGUAGUUUUUCCUUUUAAUUUUAUUCAGAAGUAGUGGUAGCUAAUACAAAACACUAUAGACUUUCCAGAGCUCUAAAAUUGCAAAAAAUGGUCUAGAGCAGGAGUGGGCAAACUUUUUGGCUUGAGGGCCAA